GACACCGAGCUGUCAGUGAGCUCCGUCUGUUCCUCCGACUUGCACCGCAGAAAUGACACAGAUCUCCACACUUUAAUCAGUUUAAACACCCUCAAAGUAUAACGUUGCUUUUCAAAGGACUUUAUUUUAGAGUUUAACCAUGUUUCUAUAGGCGGAACUCGGUCCUGUUGAAACCGAAAGAGGAGCACCUUUUUCGGACAGAUUCUGACUGUCUCCCCGCUGACUGCUGCUGGUUCUUUAUUUGUAUUUCUUAAACUGAGGAAUACUUCACAACACGCAGAGCGAUGGCUCGUAGGAGUUCCCGCCUGGUGUCCGGCGGCUACUACAACUCGGACGAGGAAUCAGAUUCCAGCAGCGUGACGAACAUUUCCUACCGAGAAAACCCCGUCAAGGUUUUUAAGAAGAAGGCGGGGACCCGUAAAUCCGCCUCCCGGACCCCGACCCGAGCCAACAGCAAUGCGAGUUCUGUUGGCCCCCAAACGCCCGUCACUGCAGGCCAGUACGAAGCCCUGAGCCCCUCCCCCCUGAUCACAGAGUCGAACCCCCCCAUGAGGACGGUACCUUACCUCUCCUCCAACACAGUGACCCCCCGCCCCCCCCUGACUCCCUCCUCCUCCAGGAGUCAGACCCCCACUGGGUGCCCCUCCGUCCCCCCAGAGAGGAGCCUCUACUCCGGGCUGAGCUGCUCCAGCAGGCCGGGGCUAACCUCCACACCCGACCUGAAGGAGAGGUGUCACAGCGGGGUGGAGAGCUCGGGGUACUCGUCCUCCGAGGGGCCGCACAGGAAGCCCCCGAGUACCAACACCAGCGGUGAGGGUCCCAGUGCUGGAUACUGGGGCAGGAUCAGAGGGGCCUUCUCCGGUCUGAUGGACUCAGUCUCAUUGAUGCUCGCUGCCUUCCCGUCUAAAGUAAAGCGUCUCACAUUCCGAGCAGCUUCAGCCAGCGGCCGCAUGAAGAAGGCCUUCGCUCUGCUCCUCCUCCUCCUCCUCUUCCUUCUCCUCUGUGUGUGGUUCCUCCUCCCUCUGGUGACCUCCCUCAUCUCCCGUAUGGCCGUCACUAAGUCUCCAACCAAAGCGAGUCAACCAGUGCCCUUCAUCUCCUCUCCUCCUCUUCAUCAACCCAACUCCAUGCAGCAUGUGGUGGAUGCAGCCCUGGUGUCUGCGGCUGUGGAGGCGAGGAUACAACAUCUCCUGGAUCCGGCUGUCGUGUCGGCUGCCGUAGAAGCAAAGAUUCAGCGUCUUCUGGAUCCAGCUGUGGUUUCCGCUGCUGUGGACGCUAAGAUGCAACGUCUUCUGGAUCCAGCUGUGGUUUCCGCUGCUGUGGACGUGAAGAUGCAACGUCUUCUGGAUCCAGCUGUUGUGUCGGCUGCUGUGGAUGCUAAGAUGCAACGUCUUCUGGAUCCAGCUGUUGUGUCCGCUGCCGUAGAUGCGAAGAUGCAACGCCUUCUGGAUCCAGCUGUGGUGUCCGCUGCUGUCGACACAAAGAUGCAACACCUUCUGCCCCUGUCUCUCCUCCAGGAUCCAGCUGUGGUGUCGGCUGCUGUCGACGCGAAGAUGGAGCAGCUUCUGGACUCAGCUGUUGUGUCUGGAGCUGUAGAAGAGAAGAUGCAACGACUUCUGGAGGAGCAGCAGCUGAAGCAGGAGCUCACCCUGUCUCAGAUGAAGGAGAGUCUGCAGCUGGACCUGAGGGACCUGAAGGACCUGAAAGACCUGCAGGAUCUAAAAGACCUGCAGGAUCUGAAGGCUCAGCUUCAGGUCCUGGGCUCAGAGAGCCGUCAGCGUCUGCAGCAGGAGGCUUCAGACCUGAUCCGGCAGAUGGAGGCUCAUCAGACGCAGAGCCUCUCCGCCGCAGACGGCCUCAGACUCAGGAUCCAGACUUUAGAGGAGCAGAACUCGAAGUUAACCCAGGAGUGGUCGUCCCUGCAGAUGAUGCCACCCCCGGCCCCCUGUCCUGAGCCCAGCCAGGCGCCCCUCCAGCACCAGCUGACCCCCGAGCUGCAGCAGGCCCUGGAGAAGUGGCUCAGCGACCGCAUACAGGAUCAGGACGCGCUGCGCCCCGGGGACAGAGGCAGCUGCUCAGACUGCGGACGCCCCGGCGCCGACAAGAUGGCCGACUUCGCUCUGGAGACUCAAGGAGCCAGUGUGAUCAGCACCAGGUGUUCGGAGACGUACCGUAUCCGCUCGGCCUGCGUCACUCUGUUUGGAUUCCCUCUCUGGUAUCCCUCAGAGAGCCCGCGCACCGUCAUCCAGGGUUUCCCCGUGCUGUUGCCGGGCAAAUGUUGGGCGUUCCACGGCGUUGAGGGCACCCUGCUGAUCUCCCUGUCUCACCCCGUCACCGUGAGUCACGUGACGCUGGACCACCUCGCCCGGUACAACUCCCCCACCGGACGCAUCGACUCGGCCCCCCGAGACUUCCAGGUCUAUGGGCUGAGGGAGGAGUCUGAGGAGGGGGCCCUGCUCGGGACCUUCACCUACGAUCAGAACGGAGCCCCCACGCAGACCUUCACACUGCCUGAGCCCAGUGACGUGGUGUACAGACUGGUGGAGUUGCGCGUCCUCAGUAACUGGGGUCACAUGGAGUACACGUGUCUUUACCGGUUCCGUGUUCACGGACAGAUAUCCUCCUAAGACUCCCUCCGACCCGGCAGGAGGUCUCAGGUGUUCAGGAUUCAAAUAAUAAAUGAACCUGGUCUGAGGUGCGUUCAGGGCCCGAUGCUGCUGACGGGAUGUUCAGUGUUUUAAAUGGUCACAGAAAUCAUAGGAAGGAAUGUAAGGCUUUGAACACACGUGUAAAUAAUGAAAACCAAAAGUCUACCUGCUGAAACACGGAGCAUAAAGUUCUGGAAACAUUAUGCUCUCAGUGACGAGAGAGUGCCACAGGAUCAUUUCUGAUCGUUAUUAAUAUAUGUUAUUCAUAUUUCAGGUUCUGUGCUUUAGAGCGCUGCAGGGAUGACCUAUUUCUGUGUUGGACCCUGAAGGCAGCAUCCCUCUGGUCCAAUGGGUUCUCUCCAUGUGAUUUUGGAUUAUUGCAGGAAUUAAUAUGAACGUUUGUGAUGCUUACAGGUUUAGUUCAGCAGGAGAAUCUCCACAUGUUAACGCCUCUUAGGAUUUCUGAAGUAAGAAGCUAACGCUAGACUAUAGAGGAAGUACAGCACGGUCACAUGACUUCAGGUCACCACCGCUAAGCUAAAGGAGGCUAAUGUUGGGCUAUAAAGGAACUACAGCACGGUCACAUGACUUCACGUCACCACCGCUAAGAUAAAGGAGGCUAAUGUUGGGCUAUAAAGGAACUACAGCACGGUCACAUGACUUCAGGUCACCACCGCUAAGCUAAAGGAGGCUAAUGUUGGACUAUAAAGGAACUACAGCACGGUCACAUGACUUCACGUCACCACCGCUAAGCUAAAGGAGGCUAAUGUUGGGCGUGAUGCCAUUUAGUCGUCUCAUUUAGACUCUUGUUAGCCUCUGUUUUUAAAUCCAGCAGUGAGGUAUUUAUUUACUGACGUGUUUUAUGUCGUAGAAUUGAAGUCUCUUCAGCUCGUGUUAACCACAGACCUUAAUUCAGGCAAACAACCAAAAUCACAUUUAGAAAACCGUUGACCUCCAGACCAGGGGACAGGAAUUGGAAAAAAAUGCUGACUCAUGUCGGGGAUAGCGACUCAUUCCUGCACCUCUCUAUUCCACAUGGACUUUUCGUUGUACCAGUGUUAAACGCCGUAAGUGUUUCUGAGUGAACUUCAUUGACUCUUGGUGGCCGCCGGCCCCUUAAGGCUUCCUGACCUCACGAAGGAGCCCAUUGGGGUACUAAAUUAAUCACUAUUAAAAUCCUAUCAAAAUAAAGGUCUGGUUUGCAAAUAGGUUCUUCCACUGCUGUCUCAGGAUGUGAGUAUGCAGAGGGAGUGUCCUGCUAUCUUCUGUGACGGGGCAGCAGUGGAUGUUUUCAGGGUUGGAUUUCAAAUGCCUUAUAAAAUAUGCAGCUUCUCUUUGGUUUCUCUUCACCUUUUGAUUUUAUUCCCAGUACUUGUAUACUUGAAAAGCUCUUUUGAUAACCUCUUUUAAAGACUUCUACAGAACACACAUGAUGAAGAAUUUGUGUUCAGAACCUUUAAGCAGCAGGAGGAGGAGAGACUGAGUUGUUCUGAAGUCCAGAGAGGAGAUUUCAGGUCAAAGGAAUGUCUUAAACCCCGUCUUGAAGGACGUUUUGAAAAAGGCUUUCUGAUUUUCUACAACUUUGAUCACGACGAAUUACAAAUCAGGAAUUAUUUAUUAUAUAUUUUGAUAUAAUUGUGGAGGUCUAAUUCCUUUCUAACCUAAUGCAUUGUUUGUAUUUAAACUGGUUGUAGAUGAAGGACGGCGAUGCAGUGCUAACGUCCUGAUGCUUAAUGUAAAGGGGUUUAUUCACAGCCCCAUAUUUCAUUAUUACUGCCGGGAUUAGAAAGGCUGCUCUGAUCAUAUUUAGACAAAUGAUUUACAUUUAUACCAACUCAUAAACGCAUGUUUGCUAUGAUCUGAAAUGUAAAUGCUGGGCUCUUCCAAUAUCUAUUUUUGGUUUAAAUAUUGAGUUUUAUUUUCCAGAAGAGAUUUAACUGUUUGGAUCCUUAAAGCUGUUGAACAGCCUGGUGGUGUUUCUCCGUGCUCUGUCCUGAAAACAUUACAGUUCCGAUCACUCUUUGGGUUCAUCUUUGUGAAUACAUUUACUUUCCUCAAAUAAUAAAAGCCCAAAUGAGGCGGUACAUUCAGACGUUUAUUGCUGUUGCUGCCGAUUGUAAAAUGGAACGGAUUCAUGAGUCGUGAUCAAAGACUGAAAGAGGUUUGUCUGAAGGAUUAAAUGAGAUAUUGUGA